CUGGGAAUGGAUUGCUUAAACACCCUCCCUCCUUCAGUCUUUUGCCUCUUAUUGGUUGUAGAGACUGAGAGACGCAUGUAUGCUCUCUACCAGCCCAAUGCUCCUCUCAUACAAAGCGGGAAGCUAUGCAAAGACUUUCUCGAUGGUGUUCAUGUUUCAGUCUUGGAGUGAUGUAAAACCAACUCUCACAAAGCAGCCAGAGAAAGAAGGGAAGGUUUUGCCUGGAAGGUUUUGCUCCUGCCCGAGGGUGGACACAACUUGGUGUGUAACCAGCCUGAGUUCAAGCACUCCCAGAGCUAGCUAUUGGAUGAUGUGACACACAAGACUCCAGUUCCCAAGAAGAGUUCACUGCACCCCAAAUCUCCAUCCUGGGCACCAGCAUGCAUUCCAGGGACAACGACUCCACCCCCAGCCCCACUGAGCAGCCUUUGCAAGAUCUUUACUCCUCUCCAGCCAACGUCUCCUCCCACUGCCCUAUCUUUGUUUCCAGUUACCAGUUUGUCCUCAUCCCAGUCCUCUACUGCAUCAUCUCCAUCCUCGGACUGGUGGGGAACAGCAUGGUGGUAGCAGUGCUGCGUUGGCAGCGGAGCCCGAGGAAAGUCUCCAGCAUUUACAUCGUCAACCUGGCUGUGGCGGACUUGCUGGCCCUGACCACACCUCCUUUUUGAGCUGCAUACUAUUCAUAUGGGUACAACUGGCUCUUUGGCCCAGUGAUGUGCAAAAUCACCAGCUCGGUCCUUUGCCUGACCAUGUUUGCCAGCAUCUUCUUCAUCACCUGCCUAAGCCUGAACCGCUACCAGGCAGUUGCCCACCCAUUCCAGUCCCAGCAAGGGACACUGCAGCAAGCAUCCAAGACUGCGCUUCUGGUCUGGGGACUGGCGGCCCUAACUUCCCUGCCAACUUUCUACUUCCGCAACACCAAAUACAUCGUAGAGCUAGGUGUGACAGCCUGCAUCAUGGCCUACCCAUCAGAGAAAUACUCCAGCUGGUCAGCUGGAACAGCCUUGAUGAAGAACAUCUUUGGGUUCCUGGUCCCCCUCAUCAUCAUUAUCACAUGCUACCUUUGGAUCAGGGUGCACCUGAUGAGAGCUCAGGGGUUUGGGAAGAACCAGCAGAUGAGGGAUAGAGUCCUGAAGCUGGUGGCCACUGUGGUGGUGGCUUUCUUGGUCUGCUGGCUCCCCUUCCACAUCCUCACCUUCCUGGAUGCGCUUUCCUGGAUGGAUGUGAUCAGCAAUUGCUGGGUCACCUCUGUCAUUGACGCAGCCCUACCGUUUGGGCUCUCCAGGGGGUUCGCUAACAGCUGCAUCAAUCCUUUGUUGUACUAUGUCAUCAGCAGGCAGUUCCAGGAGAAACUCCAACAUUUGUUCAAGCUGAGGCUCUAUCAGUUCAAGGGGAAAACCUUUGCCCCAGCAAAACUUGCUCCCCCCAAAUCACGGAGUCCCUGAGGGGGACAGACCAA